GGAAUCGAGAGUCACGGUCGCUGAUGAUGUUUUCGGGGAGACAGUGAUGGUGGGUGACGUGGUCAAAGAAGAGUUUGGCGACGUCCUUGGCUUGGCAGGUGGUGGUGCAAGGGAUGAAAUGGGCGCGCUUGGUAAGGCGACAAACAAUGACAUAGAUGCAAUCGUGACCAUGGUCGGUCGUGGGGAGACCACAGACGAAGGCCAUGGAGGUGGGUAUGGGAAGAGACUGGAGUUUUCCAGCCUUGGCUUGGUUGGAGUGCUUGACGGCUUGGCAAGUAGGGCAAGAACGAAUGUAGGCUUUGAUGUUGGCAAGGAGCGAGGGCCAAUAGAGGUAACAGGAGAUAGUGUCAAAGUCUUUCUGGAAACUGAGGUGUCCAACAGUCUUGGAGUCGUGAUGCUCAACCAAGAACUAGGUACGGAGACCACAGGCGGAAGGGAUCCAAAGGCAGCGGGUUCCUUUGGUGUCGAUGUAGAGGAGAUGGUCGAUGAGGGAGUAGUCAGUUACAGUGUCAAGGUCACGGAGUUUGGUGUAGGCAGGGGCAAAGUCCGAGAAGGAGGCGUAGCCAUGGAUGAAAGGAUGUUGAAGAGAUUGGGGGAGGUUGACAUGAGUCAUGGCAGCGAAGACUUUCUCAGGGGGCUUGUGAUCGGGUCGGCGAGAGAGGGCAUCGACAACACAAUUGGUCUUGUCGGGAGUAUGGCAGAUGGUGAAGGUAAACUGGGCGAGAAAGUAUUCCAUGCUCGAGGCGGCAAAAGUACAUUUGCUAAGCUUAGCGGAGAACUUUUGCUCGCGGAGGAUGGAAAGUACCUUCUUGAUAUGCUGAAGGUGGGACUCGAAGGUGGGACUGAAGACAAGGAUGUCGUCGAGGUAGAUCACGACACAAAAUUCAAGGAGAUCACGGAAGAUGUGGUUGAUGGUGGACUGGAACAUCUUUGGGGCAUUUGUGAGGCCAAAAGGCAUCACAAGGAACUCGUAAUGCCCAAAGCGAGAGCAGAAGGCGGUCUUGUGGGUAUGUUCCUCGUGAAUGCAGAUCUGGUGGAAGCCACUGCGGAGGUCAAUCUUGGUGAAGUAUUUGGCUCCAUGGAGGCGAUCAAGAAGUUCAGAUAUCCGGGGGAGUGAAUACUUAUUCUUGAUCGUGAUCCGGUUCAAGGCGCGGUAGUUUGUGCACAUGCGGAGCCCUGGGGUGCUGCUCUUUUUAACAAAGAGACAACUGGCUU